AUGAGGGUGUCUGUCCAAGAUAGGGCAGAUCAGGGACAGACCAGGGAGGACAGGCCGGCCAACCACCACCGCCCGGAUGAAAAGAGCCAAGCCACAUCAGUUCAAAAAAUUCGAAAUGCUCAAAACACUAUUGUGAUCCUUCUGGUUCUCGUCAACACUGCGACCAGUGAUAUAUUUGGAGAGAUUAAGCAUCAGAAUCCUUGGCCCGUUAAGUGGCCGACGCAAGAAGAGCUGUAUGGACGACCACAAAUUGGUGGACCAGAAGACAAUCACCCACCAGUGGCGUUUGAGCAAAAAGAAAAAGAACCUGAAUCCGAAUGCCAGGAUGGAUUGAAAAAUGACGAUGGAUUGUGCAUCAAAGGGACAUCAACGCACUCUACACCGGAGACAUCCAGUGCAAAUCUUAUUGGGUUCCCUGUUGCUGUCGGGAUCCUUCAACUCGUGAUCACCUUUUAUAUUUAUUGA